AUGAGAAACGAAGAUGAUGAUAGCGAAGAUACUAUAACAAGUACCUCCUCAACUCCCAAACGAUUAGUGAAUAGAAAAUCUAGAAAAGAAAAGCGACAAGAAAGAAUAACCAAGUUCUUCGUAAUCAAUCAAAUUGAUAAUUUUAUAAAAGAUAUCAGUAACCAAAAACGCAAAGAUUCUAAUGAAAAUGAAUGCAUCUAUAAUCAUAAAAUUGAAUUGUUUGAAGAUUUGAAGAAAAUUUUUGAACUUACUAAUGAGAAUAAUUCUUCAGUUUUUGCAUUUUAUCGUAAUUUUCAAGAUAAAAGAAAAUUAUGUGAAGAAAACCUGCAACUUAGAAAAGAAAUUGAAGAAUUAAAUAAAGAGAUUAUGACAUUAAAUGAUCAAUAUUUAAAUGAAGUGGCUGAAAAUAAAAAAAUGAGUUCACAAAUCGAAGAGCUGGCCGAAGAGACCAAAAGAUUAGAAGAAGAACUUAGGAUAUCAAGAGAAACUAGUAAAGCAUUAAGCACUAAAAGAAGUGAAAUUGCAAAAAAAGUUAAUGAUAUGUUAUGUAAAAAAGAUUUUGCUGAAAAUAGAAUUAGAGAACUUGAAGUACAACAUAAAAAAGAUCUUAAUUCAAGAGAUUUUACAAAAUUCAAACUCAAGAAUCAGAUCGUUGUAUUAAAACAGAAGGCUAUAUAUUUAGAAACUUGUUUAAAAAACAUAAGUGAAAGAAGAUUAAAUCAAUCAACGGGUUCAAAUAGGUUAGAUAAUGAAACUUCUGAACAUGUUGAAAGUAAUAGCAGUUCAG